CGUCAGUCGUGUGUCACAGGUCACGUGUGUAUGUGUGUGUGUUUGUAGCAGUUACCGUGUCUCCGUUACCAUCGGUUUGGUCAUAGAUUUUCAAAAUGGAUCCACACUAUGCAGAGCAAACAUCACCAUAGAAAGAUGUGGAGAGGCGAUGAGUCGGCGUUAAUCUGUCUGAACUGGGUUAAGGUGACAAGCAGGCGACUAACACAACACUGACCGGCUGUCUGUGACUCUGCACAGCGAGUUCCUGCUCUUCAUCGCCGAGCCCCGCCACAGCGAGGAUGUUCCCCAGCCUGGCCCACAGACCAUGGCAUGUCUUCUGCAGGGUCUCCUUGCAUCACAGAGGGUCCCUGGCACAACGGUCGCCGAGGUUCCCCCAGCUGUGCUACGGUUGGCAGAGUGGAGGCAUACAUAGCCUGUGGUUCAGCCUUCCAGACUGCCGAGUUGCUUCUCUAGGACUGGGCAAGGCGCAGUACUGCACUACCUCCGGCAACAGUAAAGAUGGUCCUCCAAAAUCAACAUCAGGUGAUGCUCCAUCGGCAGAAACGGUCUUGUCCGGAGCUGCAAAAGCUACCCCACCUUCAUUAGGUUUCAAACCUCAGGGGCUGAGUAAAGUUGAGACGAUUCAAGUGAAAGUUCGGGCGGUCCUGAAAAAAAGGGAAUAUGGACCCAAGUACACUCAGAACAACUUUAUCACUGCAGUCAGAGCCAUGAAUGAGUUCUGCCUCAAACCAAGUGAUCUGGAGCAACUUCGGAAGAUCAGAAGACGCAGCCCCCACGACGACACAGAGGCUUUCACUGUGUUCUUGCGGUCAGACGUCGAGGCCAAAGCACUAGACGUUUGGGGAAGCCAUGAGGCUCUCGCCCGAGAGAGGAAACUCAGGAAAGAGGUGGAGAGAGAGUAUCAAGAGAAUAUCUUUCGGAAUCAACAGCUGUUGAAAGAAUACAAAGACUUCUGGGGAAACACUAAGCCUCGAUCAGGCAAGAGGACAACAUUUCUACAAGGGCCAGGGAAGGUGGUCAUGGUCGCUAUUUGCAUCAAUGGGCUGAAUUUCUUCUUCAAGCUCCUGGCUUGGGUCUACACCGGAUCCGCUAGCAUGUUCUCCGAGGCCAUCCACUCUCUGGCUGACACCUGCAACCAGGGCCUGCUCGCCCUGGGAAUCAGCCAGUCAGUCCGCAACCCGGACGCUGGUCACCCGUAUGGGUUCUCCAACAUGCGCUACAUCGCCUCCCUCAUCAGUGGCGUGGGCAUUUUUAUGAUGGGAGCAGGCCUCUCUUGGUACCAUGGCAUCAUGGGAUUGCUGCACCCGGAGCCCAUCGAAUCAUUGUUAUGGGCUUACUGUAUUUUGGCGGGCUCUCUGGUGUCUGAAGGAGCCACUUUAUUAGUGGCCAUCAAUGAGAUAAAGAAGAGCGCCCACCAGCAAGGAACGUCUUUUUAUGAAUAUGUAAUGCAGAGUCGAGACCCCAGUACUAACGUGGUGUUGCUGGAGGACGCCGCUGCUGUGUUAGGAGUCAUCUUGGCUGCUGGCUGCAUGGGGCUCACCUCACUCACAGGGAACCCCUACUAUGACAGUCUGGGCUCUCUUGGCGUGGGCACACUGCUGGGCACCGUCUCAGCCUUCCUCAUCUACAGUAACACGGAGGCCCUGCUGGGACGCUCCAUACAGGCCGAACGCGUACAGAAGCUUACAGAGUUCCUGGAGAACGACCCCGCUGUAAGGGCCAUCCACGACGUGAAGGCCACUGAUAUGGGACUGAGUAAAGUGCGCUUCAAGGCUGAAGUUGACUUUGAUGGCCGAGUGGUGACACGGUCGUACCUGGAAAAACAAGACAUUGACCAAAUCCUUCAUGACAUUCAGCAGGUGAAGACUCCCGAGGAGCUGGAGAACUUCAUGCUGAAACACGGGGAGAACAUCAUUGACACCCUGGGGGCUGAGGUGGACCGCUUGGAGAAAGAACUCAAGCAACGUAACCCAGAGGUUCGUCACGUAGACUUGGAGAUACUAUAAUACUCACUGGUGUCUGCUGAGGGGAACAUCCUGCUGUACAGAGAAGAAAAGGUGAAAGGAGGACCGAGUCCACCUCCACAAUCUGCCACCCGUUCUGACCGCCUCAAAACAAGCGUCCAUCUCUGAACAAGUCAUCAAAUCGUACCGUAGUCUGUAGUCCCAAACCGUACUCGAGGACAAUGUCUGAGCGACGAUCGAGCUUUCUUUGUGUUACUUGAACUUCAUUUAGUGAUACCAAGAGUUCAACCUGCCAGAUGAAUGUUCUUGGUUAAAGACUAAGGGCUGUCAUCAGUCUCCUUGAGUGUUAAGAGAAAUUUAAAUCUGUGUUGCAGUUCACACAGACGAGACAGCUCGGUCUUCUGGUUGUUUGCUCGAACUCACAUUCCUCCAUGGAUGUGUCUGGAUUUCAUUGACGAAAACAAAAUCAUGAACAGGACCAGUAUCACUUACUAAACUUGUACUUUAAUGUUGUGCUUAACCACAGUGAUAGUGAUUCCUUCAUUAGUACAAAGGAAACCUCAGAGCUACAUAUUCAAACUAGACUUAUUUAAUUGCUAAACAAUAUUAGAUUUUUUUUUUUUUUUUACUUUUAAUGUUGAGCAGCUGCAGAUGGCAGGAUGCUGCUGCAGGGUCUCUGAUGAAGACAGAAAAUAUGUGAUGAGUAGAUGUGAUUGCUAUUACAGAAAAAUAUGCAAAGUCAAAGGUGUUAAUACUUUUCAUUUGAUUUGUAUGAUAGGGUUGAGGAGUGAACUGAUGUUUAAUACAGUAGCACUUAAUGAGCAUCAGCUUAUGCAAGAAAAAAAAAAAUUAGAGCGCAGGGUGUCAUAUUCCGGUGAUAUUGCAAAGACAAGUUAAAAGUCUAACAAAUCUGUUAAUUAGCCUUUUUUUUGGACAUUUUUGUCUUUGCAGAAAGUCAAAUACUAAGUCUGAACAUCCUUCCAUGAUAUUAUAGGCAGUGGCAUCUAUUCUGUCACUUGCCUUCUCUUUGCCAGCUCCACAUCCGAACUGCGGUUUUCUCCAAAUUUGAGGUUUAGUGACUUUGUCGUGCGAGGUCGGCAGCUGAUCAGCAGAUGAAUGAUUUGUGUUGUUCCAAAGAUGAAGUGCAGGAGGAUGCGCUCCGUGUAAAUAAGCAGCCUGUGGUACAACACAAAUGGACCAGCCCCUUAUCAAAACCGGCUUUCAAUAGAGUGUCAGCAUCAAAAUGGCAUUGUCUUAACCGUUCAGGGUGUCAGCCUGGACAGUAUGUGUACCAAAAUACCAAGUGAAUAAUCUCCUCCUCGGCGUUUCUGCUGAAUAAUCUGUUUCAAACACAGAGCGAUUGUGCUUUCGUUUUCAUUCUGAAUCUACAGUCAGCACACAGCCACAGCUGCAGCACCAGACACACCUGCCUGCUAAACAUCUUACCAUGCUCCAGGAGGUGGGCUGGAGUCAUUUCAUCUUUCCUGGGAGGGUGGCUAUAUAUAUUUGUGAAGGUGUUAAUAAUGUACUAUUUACCUUUGGUUAGAACAAUAUUGCCACUGUGGAAAGAGUUGGA